GUCCACAUGAAUUAUAACUAAGAGGUCCCCCCAACGAAAACCCACAUGAAUUAUUAUUAGCAACGCGACGUACGUCGGAAAAUGAAAGCAGGUUUGGAGAGGGUUAGCUCGUCAUUAGCGGCGGCGCCGUUUGCCGGGAUGGUUGGGAUGGAAGGCUGCGCCAUUGCACUGACGAUAAUGGCGAAAACGGUGCUGUCGGGGGGGAUGGUGAAUCGGAUGGUGAUGAGCCCUUACGUGUUCGUCGUCUAUGUAAAUGCGCUCGGGACUCUCUUUCUGUUUCCCUUUUCCUUUCUCUACCAUAGAUCGUGGUGGUUGGGAUCUGGAGGAGGAAAGAAUAAUGAGAUUCUUGAAGAGAAACAACAGCUACAGCAACAGCAACAACAGCAGCCCGUUUUCCCGCUACUGGUUCGCUACUUCUUCAUGGGUUUUACCGGGAUAGCCCUGUCUCAAAACCUCGCGUUUAUGGGCCUGGUCUACAGCUCGCCCAUCGUCGUAUGUGCAAUGGGCCUCUUGAUUCCUGCCUUCUCCACCGUCCUUGACGUCCUCCUUGGCGGCAGAGCCAUCAAGUCAACACACUGGUCAACCUCAAGCUUCAAGUUCAAGCUGAUCGGAACCUUGAUCUCGGCUGUGGGAGCAAUCACAGUGGUAACGUACAAAGGCCCUUACAUACGAGAAGCUCGCCCGUCUCCUUCCCCUCAUCUCCAAACAAAACAGCACCGUUUCGUUUUCUACUCGUUGGCUGACGCCGACAGUUGGGCCGCCGGCUGCCUCCUGCUCGCCGCUUCUUCUCUCUGUGUCUCGAUUUGGAACUUCCUCCAGUCGGACACAGUGAAACGAAAUCCCAAAGUGAUGGAAGUGGCGUCGUGUUAUAGCUUAGCCGGAACUGUCCAAUGUGCAAUGUUUGCUUGGGUCGUAGAACGAGACCUCGGUGCCUGGAAAAUCAAGCUUGUUGGCCUGGAAUCUAUGGUCAUUUUGGUCACGGCGGUCUUCGGAAGCAUCAUUAGGAGCAGUGUUCAUAUGUGGAGCGCAAGAGCGAAGGGUAGUUUAUAUGUAGCCAUGUUCCAGCCAUUCAGAAUUGUUUGGGCUACGUUUUUUGGUGUUAGCUUCUUUGUGAAUGGUCUGCACUAUGGAAGUGUGAUAGGAACAGUGGUGUGUGGAAUGGGGUACUAUACGAUACUGUGGGGGAGGAUCAAAGAAGAUGAAGGAAGAAAAGUGUAUGCUGAUGAUGUCAAGUGUUCUUCGGAUAACAGGGCGCCGUUGCUUGUCGAGGACAAUUCCCAAGUUUGAUCAAGAAUUUGUUUACCUAGCUAGCUAGCUACCCUGUCUGUCCACUUUCUAGAGUGUGUAAAAAUUGUACAUAGUCAAGCCUAGCUUUUGUUUUAAAAAAAGAGAGUCAAGCCUAGCUGAUCCAUCUUUUCUAUUGUGUGGAGUCUAGCUAGUAGCCAUUUGAUGAUUUGAACAUAAAGAACUAGUCUAUCCAACCUGUUUAUCGUUUAAUUAUUUUGUUAGAUUGUGUGAAAGUUUGAAACUACCCAACGGCC